GACAGGACUCUCAUGAAUGUUCAGUGACAUCGGACCAAUUGGCAGAGUUGAGAAAAAAAUGACGUUUUCAUGAACUUCUAUGAAGAACGCAAAUGAGCAAAGUGUAAGCUUCAAUGCUUUUGUCCAUGAAAACUCUUAGAGAAGAUGGCUGAUGUAAGCCUGAAGGAAGCAGCACUAAUAGUUGGUGUGGUGGCAGCCUGCUACUGGAACAGUCUCUUUUGUGGCUUUGUUUUUGAUGAUGUUUCAGCGAUUUUGGACAAUAAAGAUUUGCAUCCUUCUACUCCAUUAAAAAAUCUGUUUCAGAAUGACUUUUGGGGCACUCCGAUGUCUGAGGAGAGGAGUCAUAAAUCUUACCGUCCCCUUACAGUUCUUACGUUUCGCCUAAACUAUUUGUUCAGCGAGUUAAAUGCAGUUUCUUACCACUUCCUAAAUCUGGUCUUUCAUGUGGUGGUUUGUGUAGUCUUCCUCAAGGUCUGUAAACUUUUUCUGGACAACAGGAGCAGUGUAGUUGCAUCCUUGCUCUUUGCAGUGCACCCAAUACAUACUGAAGCGGUAACUGGAGUUGUGGGCAGAGCAGAGCUUUUAUCAUCUAUCUUUUUUCUAGCUGCUUUUUUGUCAUAUACAAAAUCUAAAGGGCCAGAUAAUACCAUAGUGUGGACUCCAAUUGCAGUGACUGUGUUUCUGGUAGCUGUUGCAACACUGUGUAAAGAACAAGGAAUAACAGUGGUGGGGAUAUGCUGUGUGUAUGAAGUAUUUAUUGCCCAAGGGUAUACCUUGCCAGUGUUGUUGGACACAGCUGUACAGAUUCUUCGAGGAAAGGGCAGUAUUCCUUUCUCUAUGCUCCAAACACUGUUGAAGCUCAUAGUCCUAAUGUUUAGUACACUGCUGCUUGUAGUUGUCAGAGUCCAGGUUAUCCAGUCUCAACUUCCAGUGUUUACAAGGUUUGAUAACCCAGCUGCUGUUAGUCCAUCCCCAGCAAGACAGCUGACUUUCAACUACCUCCUCCCUGUAAAUGCUUGGCUUCUUCUCAACCCCUCAGAAUUAUGCUGCGACUGGACAAUGGGAACUAUUCCUCUUGUGGAGUCUUUGUUAGAUGUUAGAAAUAUUGCCACCCUUACCUUCUUUUGCUUUCUGGGAUCUUUGAUUGUCUUCAGUCUCCGAUAUCCUGGGGAUUCUUCCAAGACUGUAUUGAUG